AUGACCAAGCGCAAGCGAACCGUGACCGAUGAAGAUCCGGAAAAUUUGCCGGCCUCAAAUGCUUCUGACUUGAGGGAGCCGGCCGUCCUUGACGUUUUGCCGGGGAUUACCCGGAAGAUCACAGCAUGUGGUGCAUGUAGGAAACAGAAGAUCAAAUGUGACAUGACCAAUGGUGCACCCUGUAAACGGUGUCGUAGCCGCGGUCUCAGCUGUGUUUUGAACAAAAGUCUGCAGUCAUUAGUUGAGGAGGUCAAGAGCACCGCGACUCUACAGAGUGAUAUCUCGGGGGUUCACGAAACACUAGACAAUAUCUGCCAACACUUGAACCUUCCUCGACCAAAAGCCCUGCUAUCUUCAUCAACUGGAGACCCGGUCGAGAUGGGCGAGAAGAGAAAUGAGAAUGAUGAUCUAGAGCGAGAUGAGGAAGACUUGGAGGGCUGCGAGAUCUCUCCACCAGAUACCCCGUCUGCUAUCCAUGCUCCCAUCGAUACAUAUCUCGAUAUUGCCAAAUUCAGGAGUCCGGGAUCUUCUGAGAACACGCCACCAAGCACAACGCGCCACAAGCAGCACUCAGCACCUCAAGACCUUGUCAGCAAAGGAAUAAUUACCGUUACGAUUGCAGAGAUCUUGGUAGAACGAUACUUUGCACGUCUGGAUCCAUAUCUAUAUGGGAUAUGUAGUAGGUACCAGAGCCUUCAACAGGUUCGUUCUGCAUCUCCAGUGCUACUUGCUGCUAUCUGCACAGUAUCAGCAUUGCAAGAUCCUCAAGGGCAACGUGUCUACGAGGUAUGCAAUCGCGAAUUUCGCCGUCUGGUGUCGCGGUCGCUGUUUGAGAAGCAUGAUAUCGAACACAUUCGUGCAUUAUGCAUAAGCUCGUUCUGGCUGUCGGAUGCAUCAAGGAUUCUGUCCAGUGAUGCCAUUCGUCGAGCAGCUGAUAUGCGCCUGCACCGCAGUUUCGAUCAUCUCUCGGCUCCAAUAGAUCAUCGCUUAGUGACCAGCAUUAAUGGGAAUAUUCAGCCCCUACACGACACUGCAGCACGACAAGAUCGUGUGAGGCUCUGGUAUCUGAUAUUCAUCUCUGAUCAACACCUUUCUAUCCUUCACAAUCGAGAUCCGCUCCUCCGUAGUGACAAAGAGAUUGCCUUGAACGCAGAAGCAUUUCUUGCACGAGAAGACACCACAGACUGUGAUGUGCGCAUAAUAUCUCAAGUAUCUCUACUCGUCAUAAUGAGUCAAGUUCGCGACCUGCUUGGAUCAGACCAAGAAACACGAGUGCCGCAGUCAUUAUCGAACCAAAUCACUCACUAUUCUCGCCAACUCGACCGAUGGUUCACCAAGUUCUCUGCACUCUUCAAGCCAGAUCCGCGUAUCGGUGAUUUUCCCAAACGCGGCCUACAGCUCCACUACCACUUCGGAAAGCUGUACCUCGGGCAUCAAGUCUUCAAAGGCUUAAACGGCGAGACCAUACCACCAUAUUUCCUAACAGCAGCAAGUAUGGCCCACGAAGCCGCUGUGGCAAUUUUUGAAAUGAUCCUCCAUGAAGAUCUUCAAAAGAGUCACAUUGGAAUGCCGCAUUAUUUCCAUAUCAUGAUUGCGUUCGCGGGCCAUUUCUUGCUGGAGAUAACUCAGAAUUACUACUUGCAAUUGUCAUUCGCGCCUGGUCAGAACUUCGAGUUGAUUCAAAAGGUGCUUGAGUUAUUCCAGGAUACCCCCGCUGUUCAGCAGCAUCCAAUUUGCAGAAUGACUCCGGGGUUGACGAGGAAAUUGCGUGAGUGCGUGGGUGUGUUGCAUGGGAAUGGGCAGUUGGUUUCGUCGUCCAUUGGGCAUUCUAUGGAUUACACUCAUAAUCCUGCUCAUAUGCCGCCGCCGAGCCCAUUCUCAUUCCCUGGCGAGUCACUCGUUACUCCUGUCGAUGACUUUUUGUUGGCAGAAUUUGGGCAAUUUACGUUCCCGGGAAUGAUGUCUAAUGAUAUUUGA